UAAUUUUAAUAUCUGGGCCGUCCUAUAGUAUCGAGUAGACCAUCUACGUGACUCCAGCUUGUCAGUGGAGAUUGCAUACCGCGAGAAUACCGUGUGCUGCGCGUUGUAUGUAUAUAUCAGUGCGUAUGCGAUUGAAGCAGUUUGGUAACGAGCGCAACCGUUCCGUCACAUUCGCCGCCAUUUUGUUUAUUUUCGCGUGACAGAGAGAGAGAGAGAGAGAUCCGCGAGAGCGACGUACGUACGGGAUCGGCUCGCGUAUUCGUUCGUGCUGUUUUAAGGCAACGUCCAGCUUCAGAGAGCUGGAGACAAAGAAAGAAAACAAAGCACCGUUCAAGGGACAACAGCACGGGUGAAGGAGCUCGCAAGUCGCGCAGGAGAAAAGUCGAUCGAGAGAAUCGGAAUCAGCGCGCGCUCAAGAUCCGUGAGCGACACGAGCAGCCGAGAGGAGAGAGAACGGAGCAAGCAACGAAGUGAAGUUGGUCGUCCACCGCGAUCUUUGUCGUCCAUCGCAUAUACACGACGUAAUCGGAGAUAUAUAUAUAUAUAUAUAUAUAUCGUGUCGUCGCUGAGGGCCGGUAAAACGGCGUAGCGAGAACCGUUCCUUCACGGAUCGCUCGUGUGUGUGUGUGUGUUGUGUGUGUGUGUGUGCGUGGUGCGUGCGCGGAUAGGGGAGGAGGAGGAGGAGGUGCGCGAGGCGCCGGAACGUGAAGCGAGACGACGGCUGCCGCCACUAACACCACCAUCGUCACUACUACCACACUAGCACCGCCAGCAGUGGCAGCAGCACCAUCCGCUAUUCAUCUACUACUACCAACCACAGUACCACCAUCAUCAUCAUCAUCAUUAUUAUCAUCGCAGACGUCUCCGUCGCCGUCGUCGUUACUACCACCGCCGCGAAGGUAGCCGCGAUCGUAGCCGUGGCGACAUUCGGGGGAACGUGAAGAGAGAGAGAGAGAGAGAGAAAGAGAGAGUACGUGUACGGGUAGUACGGGUACUCGAGUCGUGGACCUAGCGAUUUAAUAACACACGGGGUGGAAUAUAUGCUGUGGGCGUCCCCCGUACGAGUGGGGGCACUUGAUGGCCGCAGAAAUUGGGCGAACUGCGAGCAAACAUCUAUCGUCGGAGUGCGGUAAAGCGACGUCGCUGUCGAGUCCCGGUGGCGACGUGAACUUGGAUAACAGUCGGUUGACUGUAGGAACGGAACAGCAACGGCAAUCGUCGCCGUCACCGCCGCCGCCGCCGCCGCCACCGCCGCCACCGCUGCCGCCGCCGCCGCCGCAGCAGCAACAGCAACAGCAGCAGCAACAUCCACAACAGAGACGUACGAUAUCGGCGCGCCAAAUCAAGAAACUCACUACUUACGGUAAAACGAGAACCGCAACACCGCCUUGUCGGAAUCGUCCAUCGUUCGUGACAACCGCGCAACCAACAGCGGACAACCAAGAUCAACAACAGCAGCAAGCACCGAUCAACGCAGACAACGUAACCUCGACGGCGGAGGCCGUCACCGAGGUACCCGGCGCCAUCAAGACGACCAUCAACAUCGGCUUCGCGAUGAACCACGUAAACGACCAGGAGAAUCUCAAGCAGCUCAGCCUCGCACCCGUUCAAGUUAACGAGGUCGAGGAGAUGGACACGCAGGAGGAAACUCCAAAUGAUGGUGGGGGAGAUGGAACAGACAAUCGUCCUAUAAACGGUGAACCAGAAUUAGCGUGUAUAGUUCAAGAUCAAGAGAUGGAAGAAGAUGAGGCUCGAUCCGAGGCGACUUUCCGAUACACUGUUGAGAAUAUAUCCAAGAUGAAAGAUUCACAAUUAUCACCUGCAUGUUAUGUUCGCAAUUUACCAUGGAAAAUAAUGGUGAUGCCACGGUCAAGUCAGACACAAGAAAGACAGCCACAGAGAUCACUUGGGUUUUUCCUUCAGUGUAAUGGAGAGAGCGAAUCGACAUCAUGGAGUUGCUACGCUGUCGCUGAGUUGCGUCUGCUUUCUUGUAAAGAAGGACAAGAACCAUUUAGCAGAAAAAUUCAACAUCUCUUCUAUAGUAAAGAGAAUGAUUGGGGCUUUAGCCAUUUCAUGACAUGGCAGGACGUUUUGGAUCCUGAAAGAGGUUUUAUCAAAGAUGAUUCAAUUACGCUUGAGGUUCAUGUAGUGGCUGAUGCACCCCAUGGAGUAAGUUGGGACAGUAAAAAACAUACAGGAUAUGUAGGAUUAAAGAAUCAAGGUGCUACAUGUUACAUGAAUUCUUUACUACAAACUCUGUAUUUCACAAACCAGUUGCGAAAAGCGGUGUAUAAAAUGCCAACAGAAAGCGAUGAUUCGAGUAAGAGUGUUGCGCUAGCCUUGCAAAGGGUUUUUCAUGAGUUACAAUUUUCUGACAAACCUGUUGGUACAAAGAAAUUAACUAAAAGUUUUGGAUGGGAAACGCUGGAUUCUUUCAUGCAGCAUGAUGUUCAGGAAUUUCUACGUGUGCUAUUAGAUAAGCUGGAGAGCAAAAUGAAAGGAACAUGUGUGGAAGGUACAGUGCCAAAAUUGUUUGAGGGAAAAAUGGUCUCUUUUAUCAAGUGUAAAAACAUAGACUACAAAUCCACAAGAGUUGAAACAUUUUAUGACAUACAAUUAAAUAUAAAGGGCAAGAAGAACAUUUACGAGUCUUUUAGCGAUUAUGUGAGUACAGAAAGUCUCGACGGCGAUAAUAAAUAUGACGCAGGAGAGCAUGGAUUACAAGAAGCAGAAAAGGGUGUAAUCUUUUCCUCAUUUCCACCGGUUUUACAUUUACAUUUAAUGCGUUUCCAGUAUGAUCCAGUUACAGAUUGUUCUGUCAAAUUCAAUGACAGGUUUGAGUUUUAUGAAAAGAUUAGUCUUGGCAAAUAUCUACAAAACAAAGAAGCAACAAGUGCAGAUUACACAUUACAUGCAGUUCUGGUCCAUAGUGGUGACAAUCAUGGUGGACAUUAUGUUGUAUUUAUUAAUCCUGCUGGUGAUGGCAAGUGGUGCAAGUUCGACGAUGAUGUUGUCUCGCGAUGUACAAAGCAGGAAGCUAUCGAACACAACUAUGGUGGUCAAGAUGAGGAUAUGUCUAUGGCUGUGAAACAUUGCACUAACGCUUAUAUGCUGGUUUACAUAAGAAAUUCAGAGCUGGAAAACGUUUUGCAAGAAGUCAAGGAAGAGGACAUACCUCAAGAGCUGGUGGAGAGGCUGCAAGAGGAGAAGAGGCUGGAACAGAUAAGAAGAAAGGAAAGAACGGAGGCAUACUUGUACAUGACCGUCAAUGUCCUUCUCGAGGAUAGCUUUGACGGUCACCAAGGGAAUGAUCUCUACGACCCAGAGCACGCUUUAUAUCGUGUAUUUCGCGUACGUAAGCAGGCCACUGUGCACGAGUUUCUCGAGCUACUGAGUGAUAGUCUGAAAUAUCCGAUAGAACAGAUUCGCAUUUGGCCAUUUAGUCAACGUUCGAAUCAAACCUGCAGACCUACAUUAAUCGAGCCGGAUGCUGAUCUUCAAAAGCCAAUCAUCGAUUGCGCGGAAAAUCAUAAUCCGUGGAAUGUGUUCGUCGAACUUGUCCCUCCAGAUUCUGACAUGACGGCAUUACCGCCUUUCGACAAGGAUACCGAUGUUUUACUCUUUUUUAAACUUUAUGAUCCCAAAAAUAAGAAAAUCCAUUACUGUGGUCACCAUUAUAUGCCUGUUGUAGCCAAAGUCCAGGAGCUUAUACCAAUUUUGAAUGAACGCGCGGGAUUCCCACCAGACACAGAACUUGCUUUAUAUGAGGAAAUUAAACCAAAUCUAGUUGAGAAAAUAGACAAUCUAACAGAACCCUUGGAAAAAGUUUUGGAGGAAUUAAUGGACGGUGACAUUAUUGUAUUUCAAAAGGAAGGAGAUAAUGAGAUGUAUGAACUUCCAACAUGUCGAGAAUAUUUUAAAGAUCUCUUCUAUAGGGUAGAAGUAACGUUUUGUGAUAAAACGAUUCCUAAUGAUCCAGGUUUUACGAUGGAACUUUCGCUAAGAAUGACGUACGAUCAAAUGGCGAAGGCUGUAGCACAACGAGUCGGCACAGAUCCGUACCUUUUACAAUUCUUUAAAUGUCAAAAUUAUAAAGAUUCUCCCGGCCAUCCUUUAAAAUGUACAUUCGAAGGCACGCUCAAAGAAUUGGUUUCGUACUGCAAAUCGAAAGUAAAGAAAUUAUUUUAUCAACAGCUCAGUAUUAGAGUGAACGAGCUAGAAAACAAGAAACAGUUUAAAUGUAUAUGGGUCGGCCCGUCACUUAAAGAGGAGAAAGAGAUUAUACUUUAUCCGAAUAAAAACGGUACCGUUGCCACUCUGCUCGAGGAGGCUAAGAAGCAAGUAGAAUUAUCGGAAAACGGAUCGGGAAAACUGAGGAUAUUAGAAAUAAAUUGCAACAAACUUUUACCCGGUCCCGGAGAUGAUGUACUUUUAGAUAACUUAAACUCGUCAGGCACCAAGCUGUAUAGGAUAGAAGAAAUUCCGAAUGACGAAUUACAUCUAGCGGAGGGCGAAAUGCUGGUUCCUGUUGCGCAUUUUCACAAAGACGUUUUCUCAACAUUCGGCAUACCCUUUUUCUUCAAAAUCAAGAAUGGUGAACCUUUUCAAAAAAUGAAGGAUAGAUUACUAAAGAAAUUAGGAGUUCAGGAAAAAGAAUUCGAAAAGUUUAAGUUCGCGGUGGUGUCAAUGGGCAAACCACAGUUCAUUAUCGACUCGCCGGACUGUUGUAUCAAAAUCGACGAUUUCCUUCCUAGAUUUUCCGGUCAGAUUUAUCCACUUUUAAACGCAGGCACAUCGCCACACAGGCCUUGGCUUGGCCUGGAACAUGUCAACAAAGCGCCAAAGCGCUCUCGUAUCAACUACCUCGAAAAGGCCAUUAAGAUUUACAAUUAAAUUUCCACCACACGAAGAAGAAAUUAAAUUAGGCAGCCACUCAUAAUAAUUUAUAUACGAUUCUGUAUAGUAAGAGAAUGACGUCUGACAUACUAAAGGUUGGAAAAUGCGUUUAUGUAUUCGUUUCUUCAGAUUAAAAUGCAAUUUAAUACUGCGAGAACGAUAUCGGAAGGUAAAUCCAAGCUUUGUAUACGAUGGAUUAUAAGAUUGAUUAUGAAAUGUGCAGUGCUAUUUUAUGCAUCGUGGAAGAGCGAUAAAAUAGUUCCUCGAUUCGAAUUUGUAAAAGUUUUAUUGAUCCGAUGCUUACUUUAGCGUUACUCAGUACGGAUUUUCGCCUAGACUUCGAGAACGUUUGAUUAUAAAAUGCACAUACAUUGUACCUAAUAUUAUUGUGUCUCUGAUAAUUCUCUCUAAUAAACUAUUUCUUUCUUUUUUUU